AUGUUCCCCUCUGCUCCUGGUAACCCGCCUGAAUUUCCGCCCAAGAGACUACGGUAGCUCGGAGUCUAGUUCCCGCUAAACCCCUUCCGCUUGUCUCUGCUGCCCACAAUUCUUCAUGCGAAAACUAAAUUUAUUUCUUCUCGUGCGAUAUCCAUAGCCACCCGCCGAAUGUAUAAGGAUCCACCUAGCCGUGUGAAAUUUUCCGGAAAUGGUUUUGAUAAUUCUCCGGUUAGGAGCCCAUCGCCCCUCCAGGAUUAGGGGAGAGUGAAGCUGAUGGGUUCAUGCAUUUUUACAGCCUCCUAGCGCGUCACGGGGAACAGCUAGCGUCUGUGGUGGACUGGGAUUUGAGGGAGGAAUGGAUUGAGGGUCCAUGCCGGGACAUGUUUGUUUAGGGCAAUGCGUUGAAUGGGGAGAGUCCGUUCGCAAAGUUGCUCAAUGUGCACCAUGCACUGAUUCGAUCUGCUCUCCAUAGCGAAGAUGGCGUUUACAACCAUCAGGCAAGAAGCAUGACGUUUCAGGAAUUGUGAGAGCAUGGCGGAAUAGCCUCCAAUCCUUUGAGGGCUUUGGCCACUUCCGGGAGGAGUUCGCCGGGAAGGAUUCUGAGAUGAGUGGAGACUUUCUGAUCAUAUUCUUCCGAGGUUUAGUGAAAUCGCGGCGUGACUUGGGGCUUCUGGAAGUGCCCACCUCUUCGACAGCACUCGGGGAGAUAUCAAUCUGUCCGGUCUGGCAUACUAUGCUUAUGGAUGGCGCUUACAUAACUUACGAAAUUUAA